AGGCUCUGCCCGCCGGGGCGCGCGGGGCUGGGCUGGGCUGGGCCGGGCCGGGCCGGGCCGGGCCGCGGCGGCGGGGGCCGAGCCGCGGGCGCCCAAUCAGCGCGGCGCGGGGGCUCGGGCGCUUUAAGCGCCGCGGCGGCGGAGCGGCCGCAAAGUCCCCGCGGCGCCGCGCCGAGCAUCCGCGCUUGGGGCGCGCACAGGGCCCGGCCGCGGCCGCCGCCUGCUCCCCGCCGCCGCGCCGCCGCCGCCCCGGCCAUGUCGAUGCUGCCGUCCUUCGGCUUCACGCAGGAGCAGGUCGCCUGCGUGUGCGAGGUGCUGCAGCAGGGCGGGAACCUGGAGCGGCUGGGCCGGUUCCUGUGGUCGCUGCCGGCCUGCGACCACCUGCACAAGAACGAGAGCGUGCUCAAGGCCAAGGCCGUGGUGGCCUUCCACCGCGGCAACUUCCGCGAGCUCUACAAGAUCCUGGAGAGCCACCAGUUCUCGCCGCACAACCACCCCAAGCUGCAGCAGCUCUGGCUCAAGGCGCACUACGUGGAGGCGGAGAAGCUGCGCGGGCGGCCGCUGGGCGCCGUGGGCAAGUACCGCGUGCGGCGCAAGUUCCCGCUGCCGCGCACCAUCUGGGACGGCGAGGAGACCAGCUACUGCUUCAAGGAGAAGUCGCGGGGCGUGCUGCGCGAGUGGUACGCGCACAACCCCUACCCGUCCCCGCGCGAGAAGCGCGAGCUGGCCGAGGCCACCGGCCUCACCACCACCCAGGUCAGCAACUGGUUCAAGAACCGGCGGCAGCGCGACCGGGCGGCCGAGGCGAAGGAAAGGGAGAACACGGAGAACAACAACGCGGCCCCCAACAAGCCGAACCAGCUCUCGCCCCUGGACGGCAGCAAGCCGCUCCUGUCCAGCUCCGAGGAGGAGUUUUCGCCGCCGCAGAGCCCGGAGCAGAACUCGGUGCUGCUGCUGCAGGGCAGCCUGGGCCACGCCAGGGGCUCCGGCUACGGCCUGGGCGGCCUGGCCGCCUCGCAGAGCCUCCAGGGCCACCAGCUCCAGGACUCGCUGCUGGGACCCCUCACGUCCAGCCUGGUGGAUCUGGGCUCCUAAAGGGCCGCGGCGGCCGGCCAGGAGGCUCGCCUCGGGCAUAGAGACCCUCGGUUGUACAUAGCGGACAGCACACGGUUUUACAGCUUGCCCCGCGGCUCUUCGCGGGGCUCCCGGCUCUCUCCGCACGACCCCGCAUCGGCUCCCGGGCCCCCCCGGCGUCUCCCACCGCCACCGUCAUUUUUUCCACGUAGCCAAACGCAGCGAGCAGCAGAAACCCUCUUCCCGUCGAGUCCGGACGAGCUGCUCCCGGCGGGGAUUACAAAGAGAAGCGACCCCCAAAACAGCUGGAUCCGCUUCCCCGCGAAGGCGGAGGAGCCCCGCGGGCGCGGGGCAGGGCGGCCCGGCCCGGGCGGGGCCCCGCGGAGCCCGGGCGCGGGCGGAGGCAGCGGCGCGGCCGCGCAGAGCCCUGUGUUGCAGCGGGAGGAGGGCAGGGAAGUUACGUUUACAUUUUUUUCGUAUGUAGAAUAUCAGGAAGAUUUCGAUGUAGUUUAAAUUAAAGAAAAAAAACAGAAAAAGCAAUGAAAAAGCUGCAGUAUUAGAGUUUAAAUAAGUGCCUAUGUCUUAACGCGGCUGGGCGAGGCGGCGCGCUCCCGCGGGCGAGCGCCCCGCCGGCGGCUUUCUCCUCCGUGGUGAAACGCAUCGAUGUGGCUAAAAAUUAGGAGAUUAAUAAUAAAAGUCGACGGCCGUUUCCUUCUAAACGAGUGUUUCUUAGGCCGCUCUGCCAGCUCCGCGCUGGCGGUGCCUUCUCCCGUCCGUCCCCGCUCGCCACCUCCCCAGUUUGGCUUGCAACGAGUCUGCGGACGACGCUGUCUGUCUCGAGUAUUCGUUACCGAAAAUAGCAUGUGCUUUCAGGUUUCUUUUCUAUUGUACCGAAACAGUCUAAAUUAAACAACGCUCAUGGCAGAA